AUGCCGGCAUCAGCCUUGUUGGGCACGUUUGCCUUUGCCGGAUUCUUCGUUACCAUUGGAUGUGUAGUGCUCACAAUGUUGAAUGUUCUGUUAUGGGGACGUACGCUUUUCACGCUUAAUGAUUUUCCACUAUGGGCAUACGAUGAUGAUCAUCCAAUGAACAAUUUAACACUCAUCGCUGAGCUUCUCGCUCAGAAUAAAACAGUUUAUCCUGAUCUUCCUUUCGCUAUCUAA